GAUAAUUAUUAACAAUUAAUAAAUAACAAAAAACAGUGCUAACCUUAAGUAAUUGUCACAUUAAAACAGAAACCAAACAGAACGAGGACAUCUACUUCCUUAAGAGCUUUUAUCCUGAAACCACAUCAAAUAAUCAUUUUCACUAAGGAAAUGUAGUCUUGUUAAACUUGCCGACUCUCCUGUAAGAUCUCUUUAGCGGUUAUCUCCGGCGCGUCAAAUGACCAUGCGUCGCGUCGUUGCCAUAGCAACAACGGUCUUCGUCGUUUUCCUAAACAAAGCCAAGACAAGAGGAGGAGAAACAAAAAAGUUUGAGUUCAUAUAUGAAUAUUUGUACAUUCUGGCCUGCAUUAAGUGUUCACUGUUGUUUGGACGAUAGUAGGCUAUACUCAGUCAGCACAUGGAAUAAAAUAGCGAGCAUCCAAAGUCUUGCUUAUGAGGCCUUUCAGUUGCAGAUGAGAAAUUCAUCCUGAGAUUAUUUCAGUCACAAUGGUCCGUCUGACUGUGCAUCUUAUCGCCAGAUCCAGCAAUCAUUCAAAGUCCAGAAGUGAAUCACUUCAACAAUAUCUCAAGAAACUCACACAUCUGAACUUUUCAAGCAAAAAUAUAGAAGACAUUGAUGAUCUAUCGAUAUGCAGAAACCUCACUGUCCUUUACCUAUAUGAUAACCAAAUUUCACAGAUCUGCAAUUUGGGAUUUGCCUCAAACCUUACACACUUAUAUAUGCAGAAUAACAAUAUCUCCCACAUAGAGAACCUCUCAUCUCUACACAAACUCACCAAACUGUUUUUGGGAGGAAACAGCAUCACUGUUGUUGAAGGAUUAGACGAGCUGAAAAGUCUGAAAGAGCUGCAUGUGGAAGGCCAGAGACUACCCCAUGGAGAAAAGCUGGUCUUUGAUCCACGUUCCAUUUCCAGCAUUUCUGACUCUCUGUCCAUUUUAAAUAUCAGCAAAAACAACAUCGAUGAAAUAUGGGACUUGACUCCUCUAAAAAAAUUGACUCAUCUUUUUGCUGCGGACAACCAGCUGCAGGAUUUACAGGAGUUAGAGACUGUGUUCAGCCAAUGGUCUGAGCUGCGGGUACUGGAUCUGAGUAGAAAUCCAGCGUACCACAAACCUAAAUACAGGGACAGACUAACAACUGCCUGCAAAACUCUAGAGGACCUUGAUGGAAAACAAAUAAAUGAAUUAUCUAGGCAGUUUUUAAUCAACUGGAAAGCCUCAAGAAAUGCUAAGAAAAAAACAGGUGAUGAAAAAGACAUCAAAGGACAAAUCAACAACCCAUUUGCAAAUGGUUUUCACAUGAGCCCCCAACAUCCCCGUAGCAGCACCAGCUCUCAGGGUAAGCCAUCAGAACUCGGGAGGCCUGGCGUUACAUUUCGGACAGACCAAGUUGGAGCAUCCAGCAUUAGAGGUCAAAAGGAUUGAAUAGUCCAAUGAGUGGCAUGCUCUGCAAAUCUCAGAUCAACAGUCACACAGUCAUUUUACAGUCUAAAAUCUCUUUAGUGCUCCUUUGGCACUAUAUGAA